CAGGCCGGGGGCCGGGUUGGUGGCUUCCCGCGCUCCGUGCGCAGAGCAUGGCUUGGUCGGGCAGCCUGCUGCGGAUCCGGGGUUUGGCUGCCGCUUUCGUUGCCUGGGGUCUCCGGGGCCUGGGAAUCGUCUUGUAUCGCUUGACGGCCGCGAGCCGUUUUCACCAGAUGCUCAUGGCCUUGGCCGGCCCCCUCCUGUUCCGCAUCGGGUAUAAUCUCUAUGCCCACACCCGUCUGGGCUACCUGUUCUACAAGCGUCAGAUGAAGAAAGCACGGGAACGUUAUCCUCAAGGCCACUCCAUCACGCAGCCUCUGGUGUUCAGUGGAGUGAAGAUCCUGCCAAUUCCUGUCUUGUCCAAUAACUACAGCUAUCUCGUUAUCGACACUGGCUCAAACUGUGCUAUUGCUGUGGACCCUUCUGAUCCUUCGGCUGUGCAGGCAGUUAUCGAGGAAGAGGGGGUGACUCUGGAGGCCAUCCUGUGCACUCACAAGCAUUGGGAUCACAGUGGAGGGAAUGCAGCACUACGGCGACGACACAGUUCCUGCAGGGUGUAUGGCAGCAGCUGUGAUGACAUCCCUGAACUUACAGAUCCCCUCUCAGACAAGGAGACAAUCAUGAUAGGACGGUUGAACUUCAAAGCCCUCUUCACUCCCGGACACACAGUGGGGCACAUGGUCUAUGUGCUGGAUGGGAAACCUUUUGAAGGGCCAGCCUCUCUCUUUUCAGGAGACCUCCUCUUCCUCUCUGGCUGUGGCCGUAUUUUUGAAGGGACUGCAGAAACAAUGCUGGCUUCACUAGAUGCAGCAGCUGACCUGGCGGAAGAUACACUUCUGUGGCCAGGCCACGAAUACGCCUUAGAGUGUCUAAUGUUUGCCAGUCUUCUUGAGGCAGAGAACCCUUUUCUGGAGCAGAAACUACAGUGGGUGACUCAACAGCGGGUUGAGAAGAAAAGCACGUGUCCUUCUACCAUUAGUGAGGAGAAACAAUACAAUCCCUUCCUGCGGACUCACUGUCAGGAGGUACAGGAAGCCAUGGGCCUUCAGCGCCAAAGGGAUGAGGACUGGGAUAUCUUCCGGGCCCGCGUGCUGAAGGAAGUGCGACGGCGAAAGGAUGUCUACAAGGCAAACUAGCACAUGGGUGUGGCACCAGUCUGGAGAAGUAAUACCCAGAUGUACACAGCAGUUGCCUCUGUGAGGAGUCUGGUCACAAAAUGGGCUGUACUACUGAAGAGGAAUCUACUUGAAUGUUGGUCUCUCCCACAAUGUGAAGGGAAAGGAAUAGAAACACCAAAGUUCUCAUUCUUUUCCCAAAUUCUGGUUGCCAGCAUUGCUUACUAACGUGACAUAAGAAUGGAACCUCCGGCCUGUCUGUAAAGCUGUUGUAUCCUGCCCUGUCGUUUCCCACCUGACCUGCUCUGGGUGGAUGAAGUGGUGUGGGAUUAAUGCUUAGAAGAAAACAUUUGUGACAGUUUUUAAAAUUUUGUGUGUGUGUGUGUGUGCCUGCCUCUUGUCAGCUCAGGGGAGCUUUUGCUAUUUCUCCUGGGUCUUGUUACAAGCACAAUUUCAACAUUUUGUCCACGUGUCUGGAGACAUGACUGCACAUGUGUGAAACUGAAGCUUUUCUUGUCAAGCUCACAGGAAGGAACCUUCUCCUUCCUCUUUCUUGUUGUCUUGGGGCAGCUGAGCACAUUCUAGGGCCGCCGACAUCCAAGAAGAGAGAUUCCCUUUCCGCAUCUCCAGUUUGUUCCUUCUUUUCUGGCUUCUAUGAACCUUUUAAAAAAACUGUUUCUGCAAUCAAGUUCGUUGGCCGAUUCCUGAACAAAAUAGACCAAACAUGAGUUUGUGGCUCAGGUUCUCGAAAGACAGAUAGUGUGCGCAGUGUCCCAUCACUUCUCCAACUGCCCACAAAGCGCAAGAACUCCUAAGUCCAGACCAGCAAUGGAAUUAGGGAGGCCUGUUUUCUCCUCUUGUGAGAGUCAUGUGCCAGUCCCAGAAGCAGAGCAUGGUAUGCUGGAUGACUUCCUUUAUGCACUUGAUUUGCAAGUGUGUUGACAGGAGAGAUGUAGAGGAACUUACAGGAGUGGAGAUGUUUAACUCAAACUUGGGCUGUAUCCUCACAACAAGGAUUCACCAUUUCAUUGUUAGUGCAGCUGCACAUGGACUGGCAAUGAAGCAUCCGCACAGGAGGUUUGUGUUCACUUUCCUCCUUCGCCUGUUGUUUCCCCUACUUCUUCCCUCCCACCACUUCACCGUUGGGGUUUUGUUGGCGUUUGAAAGAAAAAAAGGGUAGAUUGGUAUAAUAUUGUAACAUUAUGACUGCCGUAAUCUUAGCACCUCUAAAUUUCCAAAUUUCUUUUUUUUAAGCGAGUCUUUAGCUUUUUUAAAUGAAACCUGGGAAUUCAGAGGCAUUAGCAGGUGUGACCAUAGAUUAUGUUUGUAUAUGUGUAUAAUCUAGCAGUUAUCAUUUUAAAAGAAACAGUAGGGGAAAAAAAUGUGUAGGAGGGAUGGUGCUGUGGUAGUAUGGGAUGAGAGAAAUUGUGUCAGUGUGGGCAGAAAUGCACACCUUCUUGCCCAUGUGCUUUCUGAUCUUUCCAAGAAGAUUUUUGCAAACCAUCUUUGGGAAACAUUACGUAGCAGCGUAGGGAGAAUCUAGAAAGUGACCUAUUAGGGGAUGAUAUUAUGUGAAUGCUCCCCCCCCCCCCCCCCCCCCCAAAAAAAAAAAUUGGGACAAAACUUCUUUGUGCAAGCCACCUUGACCCUCAGUAGUGUGGUCAUAUGGUUGCUUGUUGUGUGCAGGUAUAUGAAUUAGGUUUAUGUUAACAUGUUGCUCUGUUAAUAACCCAGAGUUGUUCCAAAGGGCUAAUAGUUUGUUAAUUUCUUAAACAUUAUGCAAGUUAUCAUAUUUUAACACACUACAUUAAAUCAAAGCCCCUCUCUUUGGAUUGCACAAAUAUUUGAUUCUUUUUAAAAUCUUUUUAAAAUUUUUGUUGUGAAGUUUAAUAAGCUGCUAUUUUGAUUUCCACUUUCAAAUGCUGAGGCCAUGUAGUAUACACAAAAACACCCUAAAUGUGCGAGAAUAAAGGUUUACAAUGCUG